AUGAGAGUCCUACAGAUGGGAGCAGCUCCAAUGUCGUCAGAUGUGCUGGUGCCAUCUGUUGCUGAUCUCGCUAAUCAAGUCGCAGAUGUGCUUGAUUUCUUCGGAUUAGUGGUUGACCUCCAGGCGGCGACGGAUCUGAUGUUGUGGCACAAGGUGGCCUCCGUCUCCGGGGUUGCCACUUUGGGGCUCGGUACCUACGGCGCUCACAUGUUCCGCCCCAAGAACCCCGCGUACAAAGAGGUUUGGCUGGUUUGCCACACGGCAUCCCUGUACCAUCUCGUCCACACCGCGGCGCUGCUAGGGGCGCCCAUCACCAAGCGCCCCAACGUUUUCGGAGGGCUCCUCACCGCUGGAAUCGUGCUCUUCUCUGGAACGUGCUACACCGUGGCUUAUCUUGAAGACAUGAAGUUUUCUUCACCGGCACCAUUGGGGGGCUUUGCGUUUAUUGCUGCUUGGGCUAGCCUCCUCUUCUAA